CGUCUGACGUCAUUCUUGCGCGCCCCGUGUUUACAGACAGUUUAGUGCCAGCUGAUUUAACCUCAAACGCACGAUAAAAUGUUGGAAUUUAACAUGAGGAUCUCAGUGACAAGUAUAAAAUAAAUAAAUUGGAGACUGGGUGGAAAACCUGUUUUUAUGGACGCUGUCUUAUUGUGGGUUUUGUGUUUUGUUUGGAUGCGAUGUGACUGGAAGAUCCUAACAUCAGGCUUAUCAUCUUAUUUUAAAGUUCCAAACUGUGCUUUAAUGUGACGCAUUAAAAUAUGGAUGACGAGGAGGAUCUGGAGUCACUUGGUGAGCAGCUGUAUAGUCAGAUUUAUGCCAAACACAAAGACAGUGCUGGAAAGCUCACAGGUAUGUUGCUGGAGUUACCAGGACCUGUCCUUAGUCAGAUGUUACAGGAUGAAGGCAUGCUGACUGCAGCGGUGGACAAAGCCCAGAGAGCCCUGCAUCCUGCUCAGGAUCCCAGCAUGGUAACAUGUAGGGAUGAAGAUGAUGCAUCUGUGUCUUCUGACUCACUGGGGGAGCAGCUGUUUGAGCUGGUGGACGUCUACAACACUGGCCACUCACAGAAGAUCACAGGAAUGCUCCUGGAGCAGCACAAAGAGACCAUUUUAAACCUUCUCUCUGAUUCAAAACUGCUGGAGGAGCAGGUGAACGUGGCUCUAAAGACACUCAAAGAGCAGAAUAUGGAGGAGACUGAUGUCAGUGACUCAUCAGAUGUUGAUGACACAGAGAAGCUCGGAGAGAAGCUCUUUUUAUUGGUGGAGCAGCUGGAUCCACAUCACGCAAAUGGCAUUACAGGUAUGCUACUGGAGAUGGAUCCAGCCGCUCUCCGACAGCUGCUCAGUGACCACACCAUGCUGGAGGUCGCUGUUCAAAAAGCACGAGCAGCGCUGGGGACUUAGAACUUUGGAACAAAGUUGUGCCGGGCCAAAAUAACUGAAUAAAUGACUGCCUGGAUAUGGUAACACAGUGCUGCAGGAUAAACCUUUCUCUGUGUUUUAUACUGAUCCUCCUGAACUGACGAGGGUCUCAUUUUGACUGGACCAAGUGUAAAGAACUCUAAUAAGAGUCUUUAUAUUGUUUCCAGUUGGUUUUUGCUGAUUAUCAAAGUCUUUAUCAGAUCAUAUAUGGACUGAACACAAGUGCCACUGUUACCAGUUUUGUAUUAAACAUGCACAAAAUGAACUCAUCAUCAGUUGAUAAAACUGUUUACCAGUGACGGAGGAUUCACACAUGAAGACGUGUUGCCAACGGUCAUGCUCUAAAUCGCAUUGUUUCUUUUGAUUUUUAAUGUGACUGUAAUUCUGUGAAGUGUCAUCGCUAACAUAAACUAUUUUCAAAAUCAA